AUGAUACAAUUUGAAAAAGAUAAAAAAGAUAAAAACUUUAAAAAAAAAAAUAGUAUACUUUUAAUAUUUUAUAUUCUUUUAUCAAAACAUUUUUUGAUUUUCUCAUUAAUAUUUGGUGGAUGUUGCACUAAUGUCUUUACAUUAGAAGCUAUUAUUAAAAAGGAACCAAAUGCAGGUAUUAAAUAUUAUAAAAAAUUAGCAUCAUUAAAAAUUAAAGGAUUAUUAAUAACUUUUUUUCAAUUCUUAUUUAUUACUUUAGAAGGAUUACUUUAUCAUUUUUUCACAACAUCAACAUUUUUAAUAAAAAGAAAUAUUCCUCUUUACAAUUGGUUUAUUAUUGUUUUUCUAUUUUUUAGUUCAUCUUUUUUAAAUAAUAAAGCAUAUGGUUACGGUAUUUCUAUUCCUAUACAUAUUAUUACUCAAAGUGGUGGAACAUUAAUUACAGUUAUUUUAGAAUGGUUAUGUGCAAAUAAAAAGUUUAACAUUCAAGAGAUUUUAGCAGUUUUAAUUUUAACACUUGGUGUAAUCAUUACUAAUAUUUCAAACGUAUCAAAUAUAUCAAAUAAACAUUCCUCAAAAUCAUCUAUAUUAGAAUAUAUUAUAGGCAUAAUUAUUCUUAUAAUUUCUCAAAUUUUUAGAUCUUUUAUGAAUAUAUAUAUGGAAAAGACAGUUAAAUUAUAUUCUCCAAAUUGGAGAGAAGUCAAUUUUUACAUGCAUUUUUUUUCUUUUUUAAUUUACAUACCAAUACUACCAACAAUAUAUUCACAAGUUAAAUUAUUAAGUUUUUAUGAAACAUCAUAUACUUCACAAUUUGCAGAUACAUUUUCCUAUAACCCUUUAUAUAUUUUUACAAAAUUCAAACAUUCCAAAACAUUUAAUUAUGCAUUUUAUUUCUUUAUUAAUGUAAUCACACAAUCAUUAUGUGUCCAAGGAAUAAAUAGAUUAAAUAUUAUAUCUACAGCUUUGACUACAAAUAUAAUACUUAGUUCACGGAAAUUUCUUAGUUUGAUUUUAAGUAUUUAUAUAUUUGGGAAUGAAAUAUAUUUAGAAACUAUAUUAGGAGUUAUUUUAGUAUUUGGUGGUGGAAUUUGGUAUAGUGUCGAAUUACAUAAAAAAGCAAUACAAAUUUAA